AGUCACUGCAUACUUGUUUAUCAUGGUUAUUACCGUAGCAAUACAUGUAAGUAAAACGUAUACUGCUGUCAGGGGGCAGUCAGGCGAGAAGUUCGCCAUACUCGCAUGUUGAUGACCAAGAAAGCUGAACUCGGAAUGGAAACUGUUUUAUAUACAAAAAUAAAUGAUUCUUUUAGGUUUUGUGUUGCACUGACGUGCUUCCAGCAUGCUAACGCCUUAACAAGUUCACGAACGCGUUCGUGACGGAGGCGUGCCCACAAGGUCCUGCUGCUAUGCUUUUUAGUUCAGAGAGUGCCUAGUUGGCUACUUUCUGUGAGCAUGCGUACGACCCCUUCCGGACCCCGCCCUCCCGCGUUGCGCGUGUUAGUUUGAUAUGUAGCUGUAGCGACGUAUGCGCGAGGGCCGUGUUACAUGCGAAUUUGUGUGAGAUACCGAAUACUAUGAGUGCCCGUACUCGGGCACGCCAACACCGAUGGACCGUUCUAUUCUGGUAUAUAUACUUCUUGCUUUCAUACUUCUGAAGCAGUCGUCCGCGAAGCCCCGGCCGGCGGCAUUGCGAGAGCAGCAAGUCAACGAUGGUGCCAGCGUGAGUCCACUGAACUCAACAGCCAUAACGCACGGCGAUACUCUGAAGAGCAAAGACUAUUGGGAGAGGCUCGUGGGUACCCCAUCCAAGCUGUCGCUUACUACCAAAAAGAAAGGGGUCUUGCCAACAUGGAAAUAUAACCUCAGAAAGUUUGAUGUCGUGCCCUUCCAGGCAUGGCUCCGCAAAUACUCCCUACUGGACCAGUCCGUUGGCAAACCUCCAACCUCAAGCAGGACCCCUCCACCACAACCACCACUGUCGUAUAUCUGCGGUGUCUACUUGAACCCCACCUACAAGUUCAUUUUUGUACGUAACCGCAAAACAGCCUCGUCUACCUUUCUAACUGUUAUCAAGACGUUCAUGCUGGAAAAGGGCUUGUGCAAUGUUACUCGCGACGCCGACGGGCUGCCGCAAAACAACUGCAUCUCACGAAUGGAUCCCGAGGAGCUGCUGAGGGAGGGCCGCGACCCAGAUGCCAUGUGGCGCGAUUACCUGGUCAUUACCAGCAGCCGCAAUCCAUGGGCGCGCGCAGCGAGCGGGUACCAAUUCACAUUUGACGAGUGGCACCGGCGGGAUGGCGGCUGCCAGCAGCCGUCCUUUCUUCAGUUCUGCAGAGAUCCCUUCAUCAUGGGCAAGCUCUCCAACCUCUUCUCCUGCGUGGGCCGGCGCGAGGGCGUGGGCCCACGCAAUGAGGGCCACUGGAACUUUGAUUUUUGCCACGUGGAGCCCGCCGCGGCCUGCAUGAUGGAUCAAGAAGGGAGACUGGUUGUGGAUUUUCUAAUCAGGUAUGAGCGGCUAGAUGAGGAUAUGCAGGCGGCCAUGGAGCUCAUCAACUCCCGCAGACCCGCGGGUCUGCCCCCCAUCGUCAUCCCGCAAACCUCUGUCUGGCGCAAAAAAGGCACAGCUGCAACACAGGAGGAUAUCAACAGCACCGACGCGGCUGCUUACGUGUACGCGGGGAAGUACCGAGAGUGUGGCUACGAUUGCGUUGAGGCGUUGUCGAGCUUCUACGCUGCGGACCUGAAGUUGUUUGGCUGGCAGCAGCCAAAACCACCGACGCCGGAGGACUAGCGGGUGCAGAGCGGCGGCAGCUAGCACUGGGUUCAGAGUAGAGGGGAAAUAGCGGCGGAAAUGAAUGUUACCAGUUGGGCAGCGCAGGGAGAAAGGAUGGCAGGGUAUAUGAAGCUGGAAUAAUGGUCCAGAUAAGGAGUGGGUAGUUGUGUGGUGGAGUAGAGUAGCACGAGAAGAGCUUACACAGAGAGGAAUGGCCGCGUAGACUUAAAUAUGAGAGACUUGAGACAUACCAGGAUAAUGACUAAGCUAGAUAGAGCGACGCGGAGCCGACGCCAGCGCGUAGGCAGUGGCUGGGGGCUAAUAGUACACUGAGGGUGUGGGUCAGUGUUCAUAUGCUUUGCCGCUCAAUGCUAUAUAAUUGAGUUAGCAACACAGCAUACUAUGAGGGAAAGUCGAACGCCGUCAAGGCAAGAAGUGGGUUCGGGCAUUGAGGGAUGAUGCGCCGGGCUGUACUUCUGCGGCUUAGGAGGGUGGUCCAGCUUUUAUACGUGCCUUUUGUUUGAAAGGUUGAGAACGUUGUUUAGGAGCUGGAUCGUCUGCCACUCUGGGCGAAAAGGCAAGCAACCUUUUAUUUUUAAAUGGGUAGCGGUGUGGGUGCUUCUUGGACGCGACUCUUGCCAUGAGGUGCACCUAUUGGCUAUUCGCGCUCUCUAUGGAGCAACAUAUUUUGUUUUGACAGGGCAUUAGCUAAGAAGGGCUGAGAAAGCCAGGACGUGCGUGCAAGUUUGUGUAAGGACAGGGACGGAACCCUUGGUAUUAGUAAACUGCAUACUUGUCUUACACAACAACGAGCCAAAUUCAGGCAUAGGUUUUUGGAUCCUUGGAUGUCGAGCUGGACAGACCAACGGUUUUGCCGGACAGUCUGGCUUGCACGAUCCGCUUUUGACUUCCAGGGCUGUUUUGGAACUCUCAUCCCUUCCGCGUUUUCACUUUAAAUUGGCUUCUGCUUUAAAUAAAAUGGUUGUUAUUAUAUGAAGCCAAGCAAGCUAAUGAUUGAUCGUAUACUUCAGUCAGGCGCCAAGCUUGCCGGACCUGCACGUUGCUGACGACGUCGGCCAGAAGGUUAAUAGUUGACCUGCAAGACCCUCACAAAAAGAGUUCGACUUCACGAUAUACUAAUGCCAUAUCCGAGCAUACUAGGGCCUUAGCACCGAUGAACCGUCCUACCUUAGCUUACAUACUUCUUGUUUUCAUAUUCCUGGACAAGUCAUCUGCAAAGCGCCAGCUAGUGGCGCUGCAACAGCAGCAAAAUGACGAUGGUGCCAACGGAGGCUCAACAGCCGUAGUAAAUGGCGAUAGUUUGAGAGGCAGAGGCUACUGGGAGAGGCUUGUGGGUACCCCAUCCAAGCUGUCGCUUAUUACCAAGAAGGAAGGAGUCUUGCCAACAUGGAAGUACGACCACGAAAAUUUUGAUGUCGUUCCCUUCCAGGCAUGGCUCCGCAAAUACUCCCUACUGGACCAGUCCGUUGGCAAACCUCCAACCUCAAGCAGGACCCCUCCACCACAACCACCACUGUCGUAUAUCUGCGGUGUCUAUUUGAACCCCACCUACAAGUUCAUUUUUGUACGUAACCGCAAAACAGCCUCAUCUACAUUCCUAACCGCUGUUAAAAAGUUUAUGCUGGAAAAGGGCCUGUGCAAUGUUACUCGCGACGCCGACGGGCUGCCGCAAAACAACUGCAGCAAACGAAUGGAUCCUGAGGAGCUGCUGAGGGAGGGCCGCGACCCAGAUGCCAUGUGGCGCGAUUACCUGGUCAUUACCAGCAGCCGCAAUCCAUGGGCGCGCGCCGCGAGCGGGUACCAGUUCACAUUUGACAAGUGGCACCGGCGGGACGGCGGCUGCCAGCAGCCUUCAUUCCUUCAGUUCUGCAGAGAUCCCUUCAUCAUGGGCAAGCUCUCCAACCUCUUCUCCUGUGUGGGCCGGCGCGAGGGCGUGGGCCCACGCAAUGAGGGCCACUGGAACUUUGAUUUUUGCCACGUGGAGCCCGCCGCGGCCUGCAUGGUGGAUCAAGAAGGGAGACUGGUUGUGGAUUUUGUAAUCAGGUAUGAGCGGCUAGAUGAGGAUAUGCAGGCGGCCACGGAGCUCAUCAACUCCCGCAGACCCGCGGGUCUGCCCCCCAUCGUCAUCCCGCAAACCUCUGUCUGGCGCAACAAGGGCGCGGCUGUGCAGCAGGAGGAUAUCAACAGCACCGACGCGGCUGCUUACGUGUACGCGGGGAAGUACCGAGAGUGUGGCUACGAUUGCAUUGAGGCGCUGUCGAGCUUCUACGCGGCGGACCUGAAGUUGUUUGGCUGGCAGCAGCCGAAACCACCGACGCCGGAGGACUAGCGGGUGCAAGGAAGGUAGCAGGUAGCAGAGGUUGGGAAGAAGCAGGAUGCUGGGGAGCGGCGGAGGAUGAAGGGGAGGUAUGGGGACAGCAGAUGGUGAAGACCAGGCAGUGUACAGGGGUGCGAA